AUGGAGGAGAGGCAGAAGAUCUGCCCGGCGGUGGCUGCCUGUGUGAGCACCGUGCUCUGCCUGGUCUCGUCCACAUCUGCCUUCUCGCACGGCGCCGGCCCCUCUGCCUGCACUGACAUGAUGCCCAGGCACCUGCGGGCUCAGCUGCACAGCCCCACCAACAACUACGUUACCGUCCACACCAACGUGUCCUUCUACGUCCCGGGAGACAAAGUCCCAGUGACAGUGAGGAGCAGCCGGGAUUUCAUGGGCUUUUUGCUUCAAGCUCGCAAAGUGUCUAACGAUGAAACUGCUGGCACAUUUGUCUUCAUUCCUCCUGGCUCCAAGCUGCUGUCUUGCUUUGAAGACGGUGAUACUGUCACCCACUCGGACAAGUCCCUGAAGAGAAACCUGUCCUUUGUAUGGAAAGCGCCGGACCAACCCAUUGGAGACAUCAGAUUUUUCAUCUCUGUAGUCCAGUCAUACUUUGUUUACUGGGCAAGGAUCGAAUCGGCCACCGUGGCUCAGCGAGGGCACAACGACACGUCUGCUGGAGGCGGCAGGAAGGCCGGCCCUGCAGCACCUGCACCCACGCAGGAACCUGCAGGCCCCCACGUAGCUGGCACAGCAAGCACAGACAGAAGAGAUAAACGAGCUAAAGAGGCUCAUUUAACUUUUUCAGCUGCUGGUGAGAUCAGUGAUGGCCACGAAGAACUCCCUGAUGAGAAGGCACAAAUGGGCAUCCUAGGCUCUGGCUCGUCUACUGCCAUCCCCAGCUCUCUCCAGUACACCAGCCCAGCUCUGGUCAGCCUGACCGGCAUCCCUCCAACACCAGCACAGGGUUCAAGCAUUGCUGUCCACUCAGAUACGCAGCCCACCACAGAGCCAACGCUGUGGUCCCAAACCUUGAGGGGUGCCUCCAGCAGGAAUGGAGGGAGCAGCCCCACGAGCAGCUCAAGGCUGGAGCCAUCGCUUGCCUUCCAAGAGCCAGGCCUGGCUGAUGAUCUGCAAAGCUUCCUCUUCCAGGACUACGCCUCCAGGCAGAGCCUCUCUGGCAGAGCACAAAGUAGUGCCAGCACUACCAACCCACACCUGUGUGUGACGUGUAAAGAUGAGCAGGACACCGUCAGCAAUUUGUCAUCGGCCUGGAGGCAAAUGGCAGAAAGCAAACCAUCCCAGUGGCCAGAGGAGGGCGAGGAGGAGGUCAGUGAGGAGGUGGGUGGGCACACGCUGCCGUGGGUGACCAGAGCAGGUCCCAAACCCGCCGUCCCAGGGAGGGGGGACGGCUCUCGCAGAGGGACACGUCUGAUAGCGGCCCAACUUGGCAUCCUCCUCGUCUGCACGGCGGUGCUGGGGCUGGCCGCGGCGGCUGGCCUGCGCUACGUCUGUGCCCGGUACUGCCACAAGAGGACAGAAGUGUCCUUCAGCGAGCCAGGCAACAACGUCAUCGCUGUGAAGGAAAGCGGGGAGAUGAUGCACUUCCGCAAGAUCCGCGAGAACAGCUUUGUGCUGGUUCAAGCUGAGUACAACUGGAUCGGCCCAUCAAGCAGCGGCACGAGGAGACUAACGUAAACAGGGGCAGUACCCACAAUCGUGCCACGGGGGUGAGCCAGCCACCCCGUAGAUGCAGACGGCUGAGAUACACGUAACACAGCCUCUAGAAAGCAGUAGUGUCCUUGCUGCCUAUAGGCAGACAGACAGGUGUACAAACUCGAUGCAGCUGGCUCAGCUAUAUGUGUUAGCCCAAGUAUCCGAGCUACGGCUGCUAAGAGAACUAAAGUAACGACUGUUCUGCGUGUUACACCUACCACAACUGAUAUUGUACAUCUGCUCAUUAACUGUCACUGCAACCAUUACUCUUCCUCUGUUGCUUUAAGGCUGUAGCAAAAACCUCUGAAAUUCUUCCUCUGCACUGUGCUGUUGUCUCCUCUUUUAUCUCUGAAAAAGCUUGUAGAGUUAAAAUCCCCUUUCCUUACUAGGAGCUAGAAACCCUUGGUUUAAACCCCCAUUCCCAUUUAGAAGCUUACAGGUUCAGGUCUGUGCACUUGCUAUGCUUCAGAUGACAAAAUACUUGCCAGUAGAUUCAAAGUUUCAACGGGAAAAUAAAACGCAGUAACUGACGAGUACAGAACAUCGAUCCACAGAAUGCUGAAUUGAUCUAAGGGAAAGAAACACAAGGUGGUAGAAACCAGUUUUUGGGGAAGAAACAUGCCUCCUCAUCAGGUGCAAAUGGAAUAAAACCUUUCGUAUCCAUUUGCACCUGAUGAAGAAGCUUGUUUAAGCCUGACAGCCAACAUUUACUUUGUCUUUUACUUUGAGUCAGGCCAGUUGACACUCAAGUGUGGAAACACACACUGAGAAACACCCUUCCCAGGUCACUUUGGAGGUCCCCGGCAAAGGCCGCCUGGUAAGUUAACAGCAUCCUUGUGCUCUGACUUUGUGCAAACUCUCCUCCAACUGCAUGGUUUUCAGCAGGAGGCCACAAAAACAGCCCUUGGAAAACAUGAAAACCUUGAUGCAUUCUAAGAAGGGAAGGUGAUGAAAGCAAGGGCAAAGGUUUGUUUUACUGAAACUUCGAAAGAGCAAGAAAUAGUUCUGACGAUGAUGCUCCUGAGCUGUAAACUUAAGAGUCUUUCAGAAAGCAGUGAUUCCCCUCUCUGCUAUCCUUUCCUAUGGCGAAGGGGCUCACGUUGUCUUCCGCGCAGCCACGUGCAGAACAGACUUAAACUCUGGUGCUGCAACUUAUUCCACAGGCCACAGUGCUCCCAUCCCGCCAAGCUAAGCGCACACCUGCACGUGGAACAGGAUCCCACUUCCUUCCUGGUGAUGGGGACACCAGGCAACUCCCUGCUCUGGCAGCAGGGCUCUGCAGUUAUCCCCAGCCAGCUGGCCAUCUCCAUGCUUCAUAAUCAGAGAAAGCCCCGCUCUCACCUCCUCCCUUACAUUGCCAUGACUUCAGUGGAUACACGAGAUGCUAUUCUCCUGUUCAGCUUCCUGCAGUGUGAGUAGCAUAGCAUGCCCUUUGCUAAAAGAGUCUUCCACACUCAGAGUUCAUUUCUGGCCACGCUACUGUACAGAGACUGGCGACAUGAAACCUUGUAGUCCACACAGCCAAUUUUCUAUCAAGUAAUAAUAAAAUAAACAAGUAAAAAAAAUAAGCGUACUCACAAAUGCAGACUGCAGAAAUGAGGCAGUUUUAACCAUUGCAUUUGCUGAGAAGAGCAGCUGCACCAGGGCCCUUCCACUGCAGGGUGGCCAGGGUUUGGCGUGCUGUAAUAGAAAAUUUGCUUCAGGACUCAAGGGACUUAAAGUUUUCCUAGUCAGUAAGUUGAGCUAAAACAUUACCUGCUAGGAAGUCUGUAGGUUUUAAGCACAGGUCCGGAUGCACGCAAUGGAGUUCCC